AUGAGUUCGCUCCAGGAAGAACAAGCGACACCUCGCAGCAGUACACCCCUCAGCCCCGAAGCGGCCGAGAACCUGCGACAGUUUAAUCGGUCACCUCAUCCAUAUCACAGAAGCCAACGCAUCGGCUCGCGCACUCCCUCCGAAUACGGGGACCACCUUCGCCCGCUCUCCUACUCAAGGUCCUCGCGGACGCCCAGCGACAGCGGCACAGAGGCAGACGAUGAGAGCACCGGGAUACUGAGGGGUCUACCGGCCCCACCGCUGCGUCCUCACAAGGGUCUGAGGUCUGGAGAGGGGGAUCCCUGGCUACCAAGCUUGCGGCCAUGGCCGUCGUUCGCGCGGCCCGCUUUACGGGCGUCACGGCGGAGCUCGGAUGAGGAGAUGGAGGAAGAGGCCUUCGAGGCAAAAAUGAAGUUUAGGCGGACGAGACGGGUUGAAGUGCUGCGUCGGUUGCUGGAGGCUGCACUUUUGAUGUCCGUUGGCGUUGUUGUACUGUACCAGGCCGGGGCGCGGUCUUUGGCGUGGACAUGGAGAAAAGAGAUUAUUACCCAUGGUCUCGUGGUGAUGAGUCUUUAUGCCGCCUAUCCACUUCUUGUUCGUGCAUCCCAGGGCCGGAGCUGGCGCAUCUGGCGCAUCUUGUCUACGAAACGCUCGUUCUUCUCCCUCCCUUCGAGCUUCGACCCAGCUCCUCUCCUCUAUCCCAUCUUUAUUCCGGUUUUUGUUUCACUAUCUCUGUCCAACCAUCGUCCGCCGCUUAUUAUGCCUAAUAUCGUCCUCAGCCUGUCCUCUCUGCCUGCACCUGUUAUCCCGUUACAAAACUGGACGCAUGGACUCAGCAUCGCACAUUGGAUGGUGACACUGAUUCCGAUUGUCGUCUCCGAACACCUCUCCCUGGACUCUACAAUUCCCAAACCACUGUCGCUUCGCGGGUUCGAUGCGGAGACCCUAAUUCUUCUUUUCCCUUUGCAUCAAGCGUUGAUACCCACUUUAGACUUUUUGUUGACGACCAGCGUUCUCCCUGCCGAACUGCAGCUUUUGACGACUGCUUUGAUCAAUUUGUACUUGUUCGCGGCGUCUCCCCAGGCGGAGAUCCUAAAGGCCCUAUUAUGGCUUGGUGGCAUGUGUUUAUUCGCUUCAUGUCGACACAUACUGCGUUGGGAGGUUGCUCUGGCCCGCAUUCCUAGUUGGAAGUUUCGCCGUCCGCCUAAUAGCUCGCACUCUGCGCGCAAGUUUUUGAACAUGAUCGACCAUCGACUUUGUGAGAAAUUGAGCCGAACGGGUGUCUCGGACGAUGCUUCAUCGGAUAGCGAUUGCCCGAAUGGGCAUUCAUUUGCGAAACCACGCAAGGCGAGGACUAUGCAUCAACGAGGCCCGUCGGUAGAGCCUGCAUCUGCUAUUGACAAGUCCCCAACGGAGGAAAUGUUCGAGCAAUAUUCUCGCAACGUGCAACGCCGACGUCAUACCAUCUCUACUUUUGAUGAGGCUGUUCGAGAGGAGCGGGUUCGCACUACUGCUGGUGGCCGACGCAAGAAGCAGAUGGCUCCUGGUCUUACCGCGUUCCUCUCGCUUACUACUGCCCAGGCGCAGGUCCGCAAAUGGCUGUAUGCCUUUUUCGUUUACAUUGCGUCCCUGCUGAUCAUUAUUGGCCCUAUCCGGAAAUAUGUGGCAGAGCGCGCUCUGCAAGGCCAAGAUCCUUUUGGUUGGGCGAUAGGCUACAUGUUCGGCAAUUUCUCCAACGUUCGCUUUUGGAUCCUGAUGUUGAACCUUGAAUACUGGAUUGAACUGCCACCUCGGCCAGAUGAAGACGUUCUCAGUGCAUCUUGCUUCCUCGGAUCGAUCGAGCAUAUCCGCCAGACUACAUUCGGCGCAGCCAGCACGCGUCUCCUGCUCAGUGGCUAUUGCGUGGUCGUGCUGCUGACGGGUUUGGCUGUGGUCAUUCAGCUCAGUUCCAUUGCCGAAGUUGACACGCGUCGCAAGAUUUUCCACGGCAUGAUGGUACUGAUGUUCUUGCCUGCUAUCUUUGUUGACCCCGCCUUCUGCGCCCUGGCGUUGGCCCUGGCUCUCUCUGUCUUCCUUCUAUUGGACCUAUUCCGCGCAUCCCAGCUACCCCCAAUCUCCCGACCACUCACCUAUUUCCUAGCGCCCUACGUUGACGGCCGGGAUCACCGUGGACCGGUUAUCAUCUCCCACAUCUUCUUGCUGAUCGGAUGUUCCAUCCCGCUCUGGCUCUCCAUCUCCGACCUUCCGCGGACUGGUCUAGGACCAUGGGCUGGCUGGGAAAUCCCAUCACGAGACGUCAGCAUGGCCAGCGGGGUGAUCUGUGUAGGAAUGGGCGACGCAGCGGCAUCCCUCAUCGGCCGGCGAUUCGGUCGACUGAAAUGGUUCUGGGGCGGGGGCAAGUCGCUCGAAGGCAGUGUUGCUUUUGCGGCAGCGGUAACCUGCGGGCUAAUCGCAGUUCGUGCCUGGCUGGUAUUUGGGGGCUGGCCCGUGUCUGGGGUCGACGGCGCCGAGGCACAGGGGGCUUGUUCCAUUCAAUUCUGGCUCUGGACUCUGUGCAAGGCGGUUUUGGCGGCCGCUGGGACUAGCGCCACCGAGGCGAUCCUCACUGGUUGUAAUGAUAACGUCGUGGUCCCCGUGGUACUGUGGCUGUUAGUGCGGGGUCUUGGCGUUUGA